AUGUCUUGCAAACAGACCGCUAAAAUGUCAUCAGAGCCAGGCGACACUAGUGAGGACGUACUCUAUGAAGACUUAAUGGAGCAAAAUCAAGACUUCGAUGAAAGUGGAAAUACAUCAGCAAAGAACCAGGAAGAUGAAGUAGUCAACGGAAGCCAUGAUGAUGAAUGGGAAGAGGUGACCAUGGUUGUAACAGUGAACGGAAUUCUUGAUGCUGACAUAGUACGAGAUGCUGUCGAGCGAGAUCUCAUCACGCUGAGAUUAUCUGAUACAGACACACCGAUCCUACAAAUCAAUAAUUCGCUAUAUACCGCAUCUUGGAACCAAGAUCUCGGCACUAAUAUGGUUUUGCAAGUGAAUGGAAAAGACAUGGAGGUGGUUUCUUGCACUUCGAAAAUGAUGACUGCUGAAAAAGCGCUUCUCACGUCCUUAAGCACCGAAGGAUCCACAAUUGCAGCCAAUGCCGAAGUCGCUCCACGAGCUGCUUUGAGCCGAACACAACCUCGCGGAAAAUGA